ACCAAAUUCUUCGAGACUUUGCGUGCCGACUAAAUUUGGACACUGCUGCACCUGCACAUGAUUUGCUUCUAGAUCGUCAAUAGUGCCAUCAGCCGGAGACCCUGCAUACGUCGAGUUUGAAGGAUUCAAUCCUCCUUGUUCGGCAUUUCUGAGUCACGCGGGCACUACAUACAAACUAUCGUAGUACGAGGUCUCAUCGCCAAAACCAUCUGAAGUAACAUCACACGGCCAUGUCUCUCACAAACGCAACACCGCUAGCUAUCGCUCAGUCGGCUAGAGAAGGCUCAAGAACACUUGCUGUCCUGAAGACCGAGGAGCGCAAUGCCGCAUUGACUGCAAUCCACAAGGCGCUAGCAGACGGCAAGGAGGAUGUCCUGUCAGCCAAUGCGAAGGACCUGGAGGCCGCAAACAAGGCUGCAGCUGGUGGGACACUAAGCACAAGUCUGGUUAAGAGAUUGGAUCUGGGAAAGCCGGGGAAGUAUGAGGACAUGCUUCAGGGCAUCCUCGAUGUGGUGGAACUGGAAGACCCGAUCAACAAGACGACUGCAAAGACGCUGCUCGAUGAUAAUCUUACUCUGUCGAGGAUCACAUGUCCCAUUGGCGUGCUUUUGAUCAUCUUCGAGGCUCGCCCUGAGGUCAUCGCCAAUAUCUCCGCACUAGCGAUCAAGUCUGGAAACGCAGCAAUUUUGAAGGGAGGAAGAGAAUCUAGCAACAGCUUCGCAGCUAUUGCGGCCAUCAUCUCUAAGGCUCUGGCGUCUACGGCAGUCCCCUCAAGUUGUCUGCAGCUCGUCCAGACUCACGAUGUUAUCGCAGAUCUUCUCAGGCUAGACACUUACAUUGACCUGUGCAUUCCUCGCGGCGGAAACAAGCUUGUCCGCUAUGUCAAGGACUCUACCGCUAUCCCGGUUCUGGGUCACGCAGAUGGUAUCUGCUCGACAUACCUCACCAACGACUAUCCCGCCGAGAAGGCAGCAAAGAUUGUUGUCGACGCAAAGUGCUCAUACCCGGCCGGCUGCAAUGCGACCGAGCAGCUCAUCGUCGAAGAGUCUGCACUCUGCACAUCGCUGCCUGUCGUUGCUGAUGCUCUCCUCAAGAAGGGAGUGUCACUUCGCUGCGACCCAGCGUCUCUGUCCGCUCUCCAGAGCAAGCUCGACUCGCACUCGUCUGCUUUACUACAGAUCGCUGGACCAGAAGACUUCGACACUGAGUUCCUCGACUAUACCAUCGCCAUCAAGACCGUUCCCUCUGUCGCCGAAGCAAUCUCGCACAUCAACGCACACGGCUCGCACCACACAGAUGCCAUUCUCACCAACGACGAGUUCACUGCACGCUCAUUCAUGGCUGCCAUUGAUUCUUCAUCAGUGUAUUGGAACACUUCUACCCGCAUGGCUGAUGGCCAGCGCUAUGGCUUCGGCACAGAAGUCGGAAUUUCGACAAACAAGAUUCACUCACGCGGACCCGUCGGAUUGGAGGGCCUGUGUAUCUACAAGUGGGUGAUUGUAGGCGAUGCGCAGGUCAGCACCGAGUACGGCGCGGGUGGAAAGCAGUGGAAGCACCAGAAGCUGCCCGUUGGUGACAAUGAAAGUGUUGCCCAAAACGGCGAGGAGAGGGAUCUGUUGAAGAAGUUUCGAGCGAGUAAGGCACAGCAGUAGACAGAUGGAAAGCAGGUAGCGGGGUCAUUGAAAAACCUCGUUAUCGUACAAACACCGUGUCACCAAAAGUCUAGAGCAAUGUAGAAGUUAAUUACGCAAUAAUGCACCUACACACUCAUCUCAGGACCCUCAGACCAUACCGACCUACCAUGACCCACCGCUUUCGCACGUACAAGGCCUCUCUCGCCCUGACUCGCGCCUUCGACACCACACAGCUCCUCCGCGGCCGCCCAGCAAU